UACUUGCUACAAAAAAAACUCGCUGCGAAGAAGCUCACUCAAGCAUCCCAUCACAUUUCUGUCUCAACUCAAAUCUCAAUCUUAUAAAAAUCUCAAUCAUUUCCAUGAUAUAAAAGCCAACAAAUUGCAUCGUUUUCAAUCCCUAGAAAUACAGAAAAGGGUCGCACCGAGGGUUUUCCACCUACUGGUCUUGAAUUCUUCUAUGCUUGGAAAGGUUAUGAUUUUGAGCAUUUAAGAAAUGGCGGGUGAGAUUGGAGAACCGGCAAGACUUCAAUUUAAGGCUGAAUCUUUACUUUCGGGAUCAAUAUCAUUUGGGAGGUUUGAGACUGAAGAUCUAUGUUGGGAGAGGAGGUCAUCUUUCUCUCACAAUAAGUAUCUUGAAGAGGUUGAAAAAUGCUCAAAGCCGGGUUCUGUUACUGAGAAGAAAGCUAUUCUUGAGGCCCAUUUUAGGAAGAAGGGGCUUUUUGGUCUUUCUUCGCCUGGGAGUCGUACUGAGACAGAUUACCAUACUAGUGAUAAUGAAGCAUCGGAGAAGAGAUGCUAUGAUGAUGACUUUACUCACACACAUUCGCCUAAACGUGACGAAAGGCCGGAUAGUUGUGAGCAUGAUUUGAGAGAACAAGGAGAAGGAGAAGUAUCUGUUUCAUCGAGUUUAGAUGGUCAAAUUGAGUAUUCAUGUGAUAACGCCAGAGAUUCCGACUGUUUAGAACUUUCUAGAUCAGUUGAGUAUUCAUGUGAUAAUGCUAGAGAUUCCGACUGUUUUUCAGAACGUGGGAUUGGGGAAGAGGAGCAUUGUGAUAAACCAGAAAGUGUGCUGUCAAUGGACUCCAUAUUAGAGACAGAAGCGAAAGAAGCCAUUGAUCAUGAUGCUGCUAAUUCCGACACAAUAAAUGUAUCAAAACCAGCCAUUGCCUUGCUUAGUGAUAAUCACGGAACUGAGGAAAAUAGAUAUGCCAGCCCAGAAGGCCAACGAGUUUCAUCUUCUGAGGAAAAUGUGCCAUCACAAACUGAACAUGUGAAGCCUAGAUUGAUACGCCGAGUUAGUGUUACACAGACUAGAAGGUACACAUCCAGCAAGAAAGUGUCGAAAUGUUCAGAAAAAAGACCUAGUAAAGUAGUAUACAAUGCUCGGAUGAGUUUGGAAGCAGAGAAGAAGAUUAAGCAAGCUACUUCUCAGGAUAGAAACCCAAAGCAGAAGUUUCCAAAACACGAGCCUGCCUCAAAAGCAAAAGGUGUCGAUGAUAUCAAAAGGGGUGACAAAGAUUCGAAAAACAAUAGAAUUCAGGUCCCUCUGUCCUCUGCCCCGAGAGAAGUUACCAGUAGAGUGAAGCCUUCAGCUGGUGCGCCUCAACGAUAUAUAAAGCAGGAUACUCCGAGGUUCAGUUUCAAAUGCAAUGAACGUGCAGAGAGACGGAAAGAGUUUGAUAUGAAGAUAGAGGAGAAGAUUCGUGCAAGAGAAGCAGAGAGGCGUAAAAUUCAGGCGAAAGUUCAGCAAAAAACAGAAGCUGAGAUCAAGCAGCUGCGGAAAAACUUAAACUUCAAGGCUAAGCCACUGCCCUCGUUUUACUAUGGAGUCGAGCGCGAGCCAGAUCGAAACAAGACAUUGCAGCAGGGCGUAGGUAGAAACACAAAACCACGACGAGCACAGACAAAAUGCUUAAGCAGUAGCAACAUAUCUGAGAGAUCGAGAGCAAGCUCGAAGGCAGGCACGAAGAAAGGGUGUUCAGGUCCAAAAACAAAUAUAGAUCAAGCACCGGCGUCGAGCUGCCACUCAACAGUAACGUCGGACAGCAGUCCGUCGUCCCCCGCUGCAAUCCAGCAGGUUGGUGGGAAGAAAGAAAGAGAAAAGUCCCUUCAAAGGCCAUAAGAUCUAACAUGUCAGUUACAUCUCAUUCUACUUUAGUGUAAUGUAAAGUCUAGUUAUUACAAACAUUGGAUUCAUAUAUCUAUUUACUUUUAAAAUUGUCAA